AUUUUAUUUUAUAGAGAGCAGCAAUUUGACUGAACAGACUGGACGAGAAUGGAUCAGAUAGAAGUAUCACACAGUCAUGAAGAAGGGAUUAAUUUAUCUUACUCUCCCAAACUGAGAUUGGUCCUGGUUGGAGUGACAGAAGCUGGGAAAAGUGCUGUUGGUAAUGCCAUUCUGGGCAAGAAAGCCUUUGAUGAGGUUGGGGUAAAGACUCGAGUGAGUUUCCCAUGUCAGGGUCUGGUGAGAGGACAGCAGGUGCUUGUUGUUGACACUCCGGGGUGGGAAUGGUUCAACGUCAAUGGCUCCUCUGCAUCAGUAUGGACGGUGAAGAAGGAGAUAAUGAGGAGUAUGAGUCUGUGCCAGCCUGGUGCCCAUGCCCUGCUGCUGGUGGUACCACUGUCAUUCUCGUUCUCCCAGCGUGAGUGCCAUGCCGUGGAGGAACACGUUGAGCUGUUUGGUCCAGAAGCCUGGAGUUGCAGUUUGGUGCUCUUCACAGUCUUAGACAGAAAACAGUUACGUGGUUCCACCCUAAAGCAAGAAGUGAAGUUGAACGUGGAGCUAAACAGGCUGGUUGAGAAAUGUGGAGGCCGUUUUCAUGCUCUGUACAGCAAUCCCACAGAAGGCGAGAACCAGGUGGAUGAACUUCUGGCCAAGAUCACGAAAAUGAUGGCUACCAAUGGAAGGACUAUGCUCUACAGUGAGAAGGUAUUGGAACAGGCCAGAGAAAUGGAGAAAGAAGAGGAGAGAAGAUUGGAGGAAGAGCGAAAGAAGAGGGAAGAGAACAUAGAGAAAGUGAGAGAGGCAUUGAAGGCAAAGGAGUUAAGAAGGUCGAGAAGGAGAACAGACCAACAUAUAUUGGACGAUGAGGAACAGAAAGCCUCAACUAGAUACAAUCAUAACAAUGACCUGCCUAUCAGUGGCAGAAGUAACUUUCUUCAGAGCUGCAAACAACAAUGAACAAUGAAAAGGACCCCAGGAUAAAACAGUCAUAUCCACCCCUGCAACUUCCACAACUCACCACCAGAAGCCAGGCCAUCAUCAUUUCUCAUCUGUAGUACCUGAUCCAGACACUACAGAGUUAACCUGUAACAUCCAAAGCAACUUACAAAUGAGGAACACAAACAUGCUUAGGCACUUUAUUUACAUAAUUAUUGUUAAUGAUUUACAAUAUCAAAGCUCAUAAUACAUUGUUGUAAUGUUUUGCAUUCAAACAUUUCCUUUUAAACAAAAUGCUCUGUCAUGGUAACAAAAGAAUAUAGGCCUAUCAUGACAUUUUUAACAAUUUAAAAGUGUACAAAUAGUAUGACUUCCACAAUGUUCUGCUCUGCUUUUACCAGUUUUGGGGUUUCAAUUUUAAAUUGAAAAAUAAAUUAAAAUUGUAAAAUUGUGUGGUGCUAAAUUAAACCAGGGGUUUUCUGUGACAUUUUAGAAGUGAAACUGUUUGUCAUUAAAAUUUAUUUAAAUUUCCUUUAAUAUGUAAAA